UCGAGCUACACGCGCCCGCGAGGCACGCUCAUAGCGCGUUCCGAGAGGAAUUCGACAAGCGCCCCUGAAGGCCGUUUCUGGAUCGUUCCGCUUCUGAAGGCGCCCAUAUCUACCGCUUUCACUUGCUUUCACGGCGUCGACUUAGCAUGGAGCAACAGAACGACGCCACUCCCUCGCCGCCGUCACCCACAGCAGCGAAGCAGCCGCCGACUGCUGGACGACCACUCGGCGAGGCGGAAGGCGGGGCCGAUGGCCGGAAUUCGCCACUCUCGCCCAAACAGAGGCGCCAGCGCGGACCCCGAAGUCCUGCCGCGAACGCUUCGCCAGCCAGAUCCCGAAAGCGUCCACCUCACCGCAGAAGUCCCAGCAGAAAUGCCAGCGCCAGUGCCAGCCGAACUUCACCGCUGCCCAGUCCCAACUCCGAUACCACCCGGGCAAGACUGGAACGCAAUGCAAGGCCUUCGUCCGGCAGGACCCGCCGCCGCACGGCGACACUUGGCCAGAGCAGCGGUUCUCCUCUUUCUUCCGCCGAGAAGAUUCCCCGCACGCUGCAGCCGUUUCCUGGACCGGUUACGGCAGGCACCGUCGACCGCCUUACAAGUGCGCCGAUCGACCGCAACGCGGCGACCGCAGUCCAAGCCACCGACCACGGAGGUGCCCUGCCGGCGGGAACCUUGGGAACUGUGGCUGCAGGCGCAAUAGCGGCAACAGUAUCUGGACACGACCAAGCAGCCCAAGGAAGGAACGCGACAAACGUUCCCUCUCUCCUCCAAAAGAAAUUCACCCGUGCGAUCCGGCCUUUUCACUUAGGAUGGGCUACCACGAAAGAGAAAGUACCGCCAGGUUGGAGUCCAAGCAUUGGGAAUUCUACCUUUCCGUUCUACGAGCCUAGAACCCCUCUGACUAGCACGGUCACCCGCAGAAACCAUACACGGAUGAAGCCGGAAUUCUUCGUCGGCAUACUCUCUUCCGUCCUGCUGGCGUUCGUGCUGGUCGUCGGGUUCGUCAAGAUAGCGUUAUUCUCGUCGCCCGCAACCUCCAAGCUCUGCGUGACGCACGCCUGCCAAGCGUACUCCCUCCAACUCGUCUCGUCCAUCAACCGAUCGGUGGACCCGUGCGUCCACUUCACUCGCUUCGUCUGCGACGGCUGGCAGGGGCACCAUAACCUGGACGUCUGGGAAAGGCACUUUCUGCACUUCAUCAACCGCCUGGAUGCCAGGCUGAAAACCAUCGACGUCCCUGCUGCCGGACAGAACGAAGAACAGCGGGCGGCCGCCGUGUACUGCAGCUGCGACAACGUGUACAGUGGCAAAAGCGACGAGUUGGCCGCAGUCAAAGCCGCGCUGGCACUUGCAGGCAUCGUCUGGCCGCAGCAGUCCCGAGGAGCGGACGCUCUGUUCGCGUUGCUCUACAGUUCCUUCAAGCUGGGCUGGGACGCCGUCGCGAACUUCCGCGUUGCCCCAAGUUCCGGCGCGGCGGAGGACGAACUGGUCAUCAGCCAAGGCACAUCUCUUGGCCUGCUGCGCGAGCGGUUCGCGCAAGAAAAAGCGACGGCCGUGCAGCGGGACUACUACGAAUAUAUUAGGCGGCAGUUUACCGGUGACAGCGGCACGACAGUUGACGGCGAGGUGUCGUACGAGUCCGUGUGGGAGAUCGCAGCAACGGCGACGAAAGCCCUCACGCCUUUCUUUGGCUCGUCCGAAGCGGCGCCUCAGCAUGCCGACUGGUUGGCGAACUCAUACGGUGCGAAUCACAUGGAAGCGCCCUGGACAGAAGCCCUGCGCCGAGUCGACAUCACCCUGCCUGGAGGCUUGCGAAUAUCGGCCGAUAACCGCGCCUUCCUCGAAGCGCUAUUCGACCUGUGGGAGUACUAUGGCGAAGACAAUUUCCACCUGUUCGUCUCGUGGUGCACGGUACAGUUGGCCGCCCUUUAUGCGAACAGGGGCCUGAUUCUCAACUACUACAGAGAGAUUCCCAACAGGGCGACACUGUACUACAAAGCCUUCUGCCUCAGCAGGGCCGUCUUCUUUUCGCAAGCAAUCAUCGCGUCGUCGUGUCGUCAUGUCGUCGUGUUUUCUUAUGUGACCCGGACGUGGCGGAGGACAGCCAAAUGAAUGUGAAUUGCUCGCCCAGCACGUUCCCGAGUUUGCACGAACCUUUUAAGUGCAGCCAGGAGGCCAUCGUAAGCACAACUGAGCACUGUCAACUGCUCUAAAGAACUGUUGGCACAAAAAUGUUUUCGAUGUACUUGCUUUAUUGCAGUGAUACUCACCUGAUAAGUUUUGUCUCGAUCAGUUUAGGCUUCUCAAUUUUCUCUUGGUAACAGGACCUCUAUGUGAUCGCUUGGGAACGUGCGGAGGAGAAUGGGAGAUUAUGGAUGGUUGCUUUCCUUUUUCAGUGACAUCAACGCAGAUAUUCGUUGAGAAAAAGCUGACACGUGCUAUACCAUCGGCCUUUAUGCUUGGCUAUGCCUGCUUUCUCUGUAGUUGUGUUGAUUAGAUUAUUUCGCCGUGCGUGAGCAAGCUCUCGUCUUCGUGUUGAGUAAAUUAAUCUGUUAUCUUCGCCUUUUUUAUAUGCGUAAGCGUAUUUAUUUUUCUUCACCCACUGUGUGGUGCGGCAAAAAAAGGAAAGAUUACAACUAUUUUCUGAGCUCA